AUGUUGUGCCAGGUGUUGACGGGUCAGGAGGGUAUCAACGGGCACAGAGCAGCCAUGAGGCACAUUCACGUAGAACUGACGCGCGGCAGCAAGGAGGAGCUGGCUCCUGUGGAGCUUCCAUCCCACGAGGGGGACCUGUCUCCUCCUGUGGCCCCCUCACAGGGCCCAGAUCCUGGGGUGAUGGUCGGGGUUUCCAGGCACUUUGGUCAGGAGCAGCUGCGUCUCCAGAAGGUCUACCAGCUCUCUAUCUUCUCCCAGCUGGGGGGGUUCUCAACCUCCGACCCCCCCAGGACAUGUGAGGCCCAGCCGGGACAGGACCCUCGGAUGGCCAGGCCAGGGGUCAAGAGGGGCCUGGAGGAGCCCAAGCUUAGCCACAAAUGGCCCCACCUGGCUGGGGACACAUACAGAGAUGGUGACGCCCUGGAAGAAGGGGUUCUGUGUGGGCCAGGACCUGGGGUAGGGGUUGGGAUGGGGGUAGGGCAGGUAUUCUCCUGCAUCAUGGUGGAUCACAGAGACUCAGGUGGGGACCUGUCACCUAGAUCCCCCCCACCUGAACCCCUCUCCCCCGGCCACACCCCCGCCCGACGCCCCGCCCAGCACAACCACGACAGGCCCGUCCCGGACCCGUGGGCUCCACUGUCUCCCAAGUCACCUCCCAUGGUGGAGCCCCACAGCCCCCCUGGCCCCCGCAGCCCGUUACCCAGCACAGAGCCUCCUUCUGAUCCUGGAGGGUCCGGGGAGGGCUGCAGUAGUGGCUCCUCAUCGGUACAGCGUCAGCCCAACUCCUGCUAUGACGAGGGCUCCCUCUCCCCCCACUACCUUCUCACCACAGACCCCCAGGGGCCCGGGGAGGGCAAAGAGUGUGGGGCCGAACUGGAAUCCUCCCCGCCCCAUCCCAGUACCACAGCAUCCAUCAACGAGCUGGCCUCCCUGGAGAAGACCCCCAGCACCAGCGGGUUCCGUGGGGUCCCCUCGGUCCCCGGCCCUGCUAAGAAGAAACUUCUAUCCUCUAGCGACACAGCAGAGUCGUGUUCGGAGGAUGAGGGCCCCUCUACCUCUAAGAGGAGCCGUCUUGCACUGCUGGCCCCUGGCUUAGGGCUGGCCUCCUGCAGGGGCACCGAUGCCAAGGCUGCCCCCUUCUGGAACCACCUGCUGCCUAAUGCACAGGGCCGGGACCAUGUCAAGGAGUCGAUCCUGAAGGGUCGUUUCUCUCCGUCGGGUCGUAUCGAGGGCUUCACAGCAGAGAUCGGUGCCAGCGGAUCCUACUGCCCUCAACACGCCACUCUGCCUGUACACGUCACUUACUAUGACAUCUCAGAGCACAGCGCACCCUCACCCUUCUUGGGCGUGAUCUCCUUGGAGCCUCUUGGAAAGAAAGGAUACAGCGUACCCAAAGCAGGGACCAUCCAAGUGACCUUAUUCAACCCAAAUAAAACUGUGGUGAAGAUGUUCCUCGUGACCUAUAACUUUGGGGACAUGCCCGUCAAUCACAUGACCUUCCUGCGUCACCGCAUCUUCCUGGUUCCCGUGGAGGAGGCGGGGCCAGAUGGGAAGGGGGAGGGGCCUACAGAGCCCAGGGUAAUGCCCACAGAGAGGAAGAAGAUUCUCUGCUACCUGAUACACCUCAGAUUCCAGAGCUCCAAAUCUGGGAAGAUUUACCUGCACAACGAUAUCCGGCUGCUUUUCUCCCGCAAGUCCAUCGAGGUGGACACAGGGAUCCCUUACGAGCUCAAAUCUUUCACCGAGGUGCCAAGAAACCCCAAAUACUCCCCCCGUUUGUGA